UUUUCUCUCUGUUAUACAGAGGAGCCUAUAUACUGCUAUACACCUCACAACUUCACCCGGGAUCAAGCCUUGUACGCCAGAGGAUAUUGCUGGACAGAACUUAAGGAUGCUUUACCAGGGGUGAAUGCCAGUCAGUGGCCUUCAUUGUUUGAGCACAAAUUUCUCCCAUAUGCUCUUCUGGCCUUUGCUGGAAUCAUGUAUAUUCCUGCUCUGGGAUGGGAGUUCCUAGCUUCAACUAGAUUGACUUCAGAGCUGAACUUCUUGCUUCAAGAAAUCGACAAUUGUUAUCAUAGAGCAGCAGAAGGUCGUGCUCCCAAAAUUGAAAAGCAAAUUCAGUCAAAAGGUCCUGGCAUUACAGAAAAAGAGAAGAGAGAAAUCAUAGAGAAUGCAGAAAAGGAAAAAAGCCCUGAACAAAACCUAUUUGAAAAGUACCUGGAAAGAAGAGGUCGCAGUAACUUUUUAGCCAAACUAUACUUAGCCAGACAUUUGCUCAUCAUAUGUUUAAGCAUCAUACCUAUUACUUAUCUAAGCACAUAUUAUGCAACUCAGAAGCAGAAUGAAUUCACCUGUGCGUUGGGAGAGCCUCAUCUUAAAACCAGUAACUCAAAGUUGCAUAUAAGGGUAAACUGCAAAUUGCCAUCUGUUCAACUCCAAAGAAUCAUUGCUUCAGUAGAUAUUUUUCUACUUAGUUUUAUGAAUUUAAUCAUUCUUGUCAACUUAAUACAUCUCUUCAUCGUCCGAAAGUCCAACUUCAUUUUUGAUAAAUUAAAUAAAGUUGGCAUAAAGACUAAAAAGCAGUGGCAGAAAUCCCAGUUUUGUGAUAUAAAUAUCCUUGCCAUGUUUUGCAAUGAAAAUCGUGAUCAUAUCAAAUCCUUAAAUCGUCUAGAUUUUAUUACCAAUGAGAGUGACCUAAUGUAUGACAAUGUGGUUCGUCAAUUACUUGCAGCAUUAGCACAGUCUAAUUAUGAUGCCACUCCCACCAUGAGGGACUCUGGUAUCCAGACAGUUGACCCAAGUGUUGACCCAGCAGAUAUUGAUGUCAAUGAACAGCUUGUUAUAAAGCGACCCAGAAAGAAAAUGAAGUGGAUCCCCAGUAGCAAUCCUCUACCCCAACCCUUUAAGGAACAAUUAGCCAUAAUGAAAAUUGAAAAUAGUAAACCGGAGAAGCCAAAGCCAAUGAGAAGGAAAACUGCAACAGACACUUUAAUAGCUCCACUUCUGGAGGCUUCUUCUAAAUCUUCACCUCAUUCAUCUCAAAAAUGUGACAGUAGUACAAUUCCAAGCAUUAUUGGUGAGAAAAAAACAUGCUCGACAUUUCUCAUUAGAUGUCCAACCAUAUAUUCUUAG